AUGUCGAUUGAAGCAUUGUCUGGCAAAGUUUUUCUACUGGUAACUGGUGCAAGUCGUGGAAUUGGUCGCCAGAUUGCGAUAACAUUUGGUUCAAUGCUGGAGGAAGGCUCGCGUGUUCUUUUAUUAGCGAGAAAUAAAGAUGCGUUGCAAGAAGUCGCGAAAAAUAUACCUUCUAAAGUAAAAGUCUGUACUAUUAGUGCAGAUUUAAAUAAAUCAACUAAUAAAACAAAAUUCGAAGAAUUUCUAUCGGAAUCUUUGAAGGAAACUACCCCCGAUGCGUUUAAUCGAAUGGUUCUAAUACAUAAUGUAGGUUCCAUAGGCAAUGUUUCUCAAGUAAAUGAUAUAUGGGACAUAAACAUUUGGAGAGAAUUUUACGACCUGAACUUUUUCAUUCCUACUGUAUUGAAUACGGUGGUCAUGAAUACAUUUAAUAGUAAAAUUAUCAAGAAGAUGGUUAUCAAUAUUACAUCCUUAUUUGGUAUUCAAGCAGUCGUUGGCUGUGGUCAAUAUUGCUCGGUGAAAGCAGCACGAGAAAUGUACUUUAAGGUUUUUGCUUUAGAAAACCCUGAUGUGAAUGUAUUGAGUUAUUCACCUGGACCUGUCGACACGGAUAUGUUUACUAUGGUUUGCGAAAAAAUGGUUGAUCCUAAAACUAAAAAGGCAUUUAAUGAAAUGCGAGAAAAGAAAACUGUAUUGACCGCAGAGCAGACUGUUAAUCGCCUUGUGCAAGUCUUAAAAGAGCAUAAAUACAAUUCAGCCGAUCAUGUGGAUUAUUACGAUAAAUUGUGAAAAGUAAAAAUAACAAUAUUUAUAGAGAGAAAUUCUCAGUAAAUAAAUUCAUUCUUUUAUAUUAAAAAUAAUUUUGCUUUACAUUUUUAAAGAAAGUGAACUUACAAAAUAAAAUAUACAUAGAAUUUCUGUCUGUAUAAAUACUUGAUCUAUACAGCAUAUUUUAUUUGAGAGAUGUCCUGGGAACAUCUUAGGACGUUCGUAAAACAUAAGAACAUUCCUGGGAAAUCUAUACUAUUUAGGUAAUAUGUACAAUUUUUCUUUUUAAAUAAAUAACCGAAGUUAAUAAUGUUAGAAUAACAAUUAA